ACGGCGACGUCUGCCCCUCACUAUUUAGGAUCGCGGGCGGCCGCGACGCGAAACAGUCGAACGUCGAAUACGUCGCUUGCCAGAAUCGAAACGGCAACACUUUCCGAUUUCGCGCGGUGUGCGGAAUGCCGCCGAAUCGCCGCCAAACGCAAUAAAAACCGCCCGACUGUAUUUAUUCGGAAAUACUUCGCGGCCGUUCACACUUGCGAUCUCCGUACUAUCUCCGCGCGGUCAUACAUUAUGUCGUUCGUCUGAACUAUUUCAAGGACGUCCGUCGUGACGCUCCACCGAUUCUUCGUCGUCAAUCUCGGAUUCGAGGAGUCUCAGUGCGCGCGGUCGACCAAACGAGCAUGUCACCCAAGUUGUAUUGUAACGACAUGAACCCGGGGGUUCGAGCGGUGCUGCUUACGGCCAAAGCUCUGGAACUGGAACUGGACCUCGUCGAGGUCAGCAUUUACGCGAAGGAACGGUUCGACGAGGAGUUUUCUCGGAUUAAUCCCGAGCAUUCGGUUCCGACUUUUGUCGACGGAGACUUCGUGAGCUGGGAUACGCACUCAAUUUUAGAGUUUCUGGUGGGAAAAUACGGCCCGGAUGACAAUCUGUACCCGCUGGACCCCGAACGGAAAGACCUCGUCGAUCAGAAGCUCUUCUUCGAGUCCGACACGUUAUUUCCGCGAGUAAACUGUGUGAUUCAGGCGAUCAUCAUAGAAAACGAAAAAGAAAUCCCCACAGAGAAGAUAAGUGCAAUUACGGAGUCAUACAAAAUCCUGGAUGGAUUCCUAGAAAACAAGACUUUCUUAACUGGCGACUUUCUUACAGUCGCGGACUUAUGUUGCGUGGCCACCGUCAGCACAGCGACGGUUAUUACCCCCAUAUCAACAGAAAAAUACCCCAAUCUUUCCCACUGGUACAGAACCUGCAAGAACCUGGAGUACUAUGAAGAAGCCAACGGAGUGGGACUGAAUAAGUUAGAUGCGUUGGUGGAACUGAAGUUGGGCCGACCCAGAACCAAAGAACUCUGCGAAUAGCACACCUCGUUGACAUAUUUUGUGA